AUGGCGUCCACGGCUGCGGCGGCGCUCGCGGUCACGGACGAGCUGGCCCUGCCGCUCCGCGCGGUGGGGGACCUGGCGGCGGCCGCCGGGGUCUCGCGGGAGGAGGUCGUCGUCAUCACGCAGUGCGCCUCGCUCGGUGGGAAGUUGCCUUUUGAUGAUGCAUCGGUGGGUGCUGUUCUAUCUGUCAUAAAAAAUGUGGAGAGCUUUGGGGAUAAGUUGGUUGCUGAAAUUAGCCGAGUGCUGAAAGCUGGUGGAAUUGUGCUGGUACAGAGCUUCACACCCUCUGCUGAUCAGAAGCCAAACAAUUAUAUCGAGCGCCAGCUACUCAUGGGUGGUUUUGUUGAAGUGCAAGCUUCUGCCACAAGCUCGCAGGAUAGUGUGCAAUCUGUUACUAUCAAGGCAAAGAAGCCCUCCUGGAGUAUGGGUUCUUCCUUCCCCCUGAAGAAAGCAGUAAAGGCUCUUCCAAAGAUUGAAAUUGACGAUGAUGAUGAACUGAUUGACGAAGACAGCCUCUUGACUGAGGAGGACUUGAAGAAGCCACAGCUUCCAGUUGUAGGAGAUUGUGAGGUGGGAGCUACAAAGAAGGCGUGCAAGAACUGCAGUUGUGGCAGGGCCGAGGCUGAGCAGAAGGUGGAGAAGCUGGGGCUCACUGCAGAACAGAUUGAUAACCCUGUCUCAGCUUGUGGCAGUUGUGGGUUGGGCGAUGCGUUCCGAUGCAGCACCUGCCCAUACAGAGGCCUGGCGCCGUUCAAGUUGGGCGAGAAGGUUACCUUGUCUGACAACUUCCUCUCAGCCGACAUAUGA